ACAGAUGUACUACCACCAACUUAUAUCUCAUUUUAAUCCCGCCUAGAUCAGCCUUCCCCACAAGCCGACAAUAAUAAUAAUAACAACAACGCCCUACCUAACACAAUAACCACGUCAACUACUGCCACCAUGGCUCAAGUUAUCGCCGACGUGACUCGAGUCAUCAAUGCACCCGUUGGGCAAAUUUGGGGCAUCGUCACGUCCUUCGGCGCUGAGUCCCUCUGGUUUCCUGGCGUCGUCACGUCUUCCCUUCAGGGCUACGGCCUGGGUUCCGUGCGCACCCUACACUUCGAAAACGGCCCGUGGGGGAACAAUUUCCAUGACGAAAUGGUCGUCUGCGAUCCAGCCAAGCACCUCCUCCGCUACAGGGUUUUUAACGACGAUUUCCCUGAUACUGGACAAGUCUACCCCAACAUUGUCUUAGAGGAUAUCGACGGCAAGUCGACCAAGCUGAGGUGGUUUUUAGAGGGUGAGCCGAUGCCUGAUGAGGUCCAGCGUGCCAGCCUCCGGAAAUCCGUUGAGGCCAUGUAUAACAGGUGCGCGGAUGCUAUCGCCGAGAAGCUGGCCCCCAAAUAAGUUGAUAGACAAGCAUCAUGCAAUGCGGAACUGAUGGAAAUCAUGUUUGGCAGCUGGACGUGC